UCCUACCAGCAAUUCGUUCUGUGCUGUGUGCGGUAUUGGAGAAACCUCGGCUGGACCUGAAAUCGUGGGGGGUUUUCUCUUUCCUUUGCCUCGUCGGGGAAAAGCUCCAGAUUUUGGUCUCUAGGCGCUCGUCUGGUGCCGAAGGCCCGAAGAAGGUGCCUGGAAAAUCCUUGCGGAAAAACCCUCCGCAAAUUAUCGCUUCUCAUUCGUGCACAGAUUGAGGACUAUUCGAUCGACUUCACCCUACGGGGCCGUCAUCUGCCACCAAACUGCGCAUGCUGAGUGUGCUGCCUGCCUCAUCCCACAUUCUUUCGUUCGACCAGCCAGUCUUUACCAGUCGCAAAUCCGUACUGUGAAACGGUUUCUUGCGUGUUGUCGGGUCACUACUCAUGCUGUCAAUGCUGCAACUACCCCCUUCUUGAAAUGGUUCGCUUUACCGGCGGCCUGCUGUUGUUUGCGGCCUUUACAGCAGCAGCGCCUCCGGACUUGUUGUCAAACAAGCAUUACCCUCAACAGGCUGUCAUAAAGCCGCCAUCCAAAGCGCAGCCUAAACCCAGAAAAUUGCAGGGCAGAUUUCUGCACAUUACAGACAUCCACCCCGAUCCCUUUUACGAAGUUGGCUCCGAUCCUGGAGAGGCCUGUCACCACGGCAAAGGUCAAGCGGGUUACUAUGGUGCCGAGGUGACCGAGUGUGACACGCCCUUUACACUGGUGAACGCGACCUUCAAUUGGAUCGAAGAGAAUCUCAAAGACCAGGUUGACUUUGUUGUAUGGACCGGUGACUCGGCUCGACACGACAACGAUGAAGAGAUCCCUCGGUCGGAUAAACAGGUCAUCAAGCUGAACAGAUUUGUGGUGGACAAAUUUGUCCAAGUCUUUGGCAAGCCCGACAACCUCGACGAUCCUGACCCUACCAAUGAUUUUGUCGUUCCAAUUGUUCCAACCUUUGGGAACAACGACAUCCUUCCUCACAACAUCUUCACUCCCGGCCCGAAUAAGUGGACGCGUGCGUACUGGAGUAUUUGGAACAAAUUUGUGCCGGAAGCGCAGAGACACUCUUUCGCAAGAGGAGGGUGGUUUUUUACGGAGGUCAUACCAAGCAAAUUGGCAGUCUUCAGCCUCAACACGUUGUACUUCUUCGACUCGAAUUCGGCGGUCGAUGGCUGUGAUCUGAAGUCGGAACCGGGCUACGAGCAUAUGGAGUGGCUGCGCAUUCAACUUCAAUUCUUGCGGCAACGAGGCAUGAAAGCCAUCCUGACAGGUCACGUACCACCUGCGAGGACGGAAAGUAAACAGAGUUGGGAUGAGAGUUGCUAUCAAAAAUACACUUUAUGGUUGCGGCAAUAUCGGGACGUUGUGAUAUUUUCGACGUUUGGCCACAUGAACCUUGAUCAUUUCAAGUUUCAAGAUGAGAAAGACUUGAAAUACGAUUUCAAGUUCGAACGUAUUAUGAACGAGGAUGUGACGCGGUCAGAAACAUCUGUGCCCGACACCAACGCUGAGAACUUCACCAUGGCUGCCAAGGCAACAUAUCUAAACGAGUUGCGAAACGAAUGGUCCGAGUUACCGAGUCCACCUCAUGGGUACACAUACGGGCAGUCAAUGUCUUACGAUGAAGUUGACGUUAAAAAGAAAGGGAAGAAGCGGAAGGAUGACGAAAAAGAGUAUCGAAAAUUCCUCAAAGCCAUUGGUGGGGAGUGGGGAGAACGGUACAGCCUCACACUGGUGUCGCCAAGUGUGGUUCCAAACUUCUUUCCUACCCUCCGCAUUGUCGAGUACAACAUCACCGGGUUGGAGGAUCAUCAUCCAGCCAUUGGUGUGAUAGGAACGCCUGCUAAGAUGGCGGAUCUUGACGUGGUGGAUGCGCUUGAAGAUGUGUUCUCAAACGAUGAUGAAGCCGAACUGGAAGAGGAAUCAUCGGGAGAGAUGCACGAUAUGAAGAAGAAAAAGAAAAAGAAAGGUAAAAAGAAGAAGCCCAAGAAACCCGGCUUCCACGUGCCGAAACCACCAUCAAAAUCAUCACCUCCGGGACCAGGGUACUCGCCUCAACCGCUUUCCAUGAUCUCUUACACGCAGCUCUAUGCCAAUUUGACCAAAAUACAUGAACAGAUCGGGAAGGACAAGAAGGGAGCGGACCCAGAUAAACAUUUUGAAUAUCACGUGGAAUAUACGACCAACGACGACAUCUAUGGAAUGAAAGACUUGACAGUCAGGUCGUGGCUAGAUCUGGCGGAGAGGAUAGGGCGGGAGACCUUGGCCAGUCCUGAUACGAAAAGCGUCGAAGAUGACUUGAGUGUUGAGCAGUCUGAUCCUGCAACGCUAACGAGGCACCAAAAAGGGAAGUCGAAGACGAUGAAGAAUCAUCUAUGGAAAACUUUCAUCAAGCGUGCUUUCGUGCAUACGAAACCUGAUGAGGAUAUUGAGCAGGACUUUGGAUGAUGAUGAGGGGGUGGCCCGAUCAUGUAUACCAUUCCACGACUUACGCUAAUAUAACGAUGCUAUGAGGGUUUACGGUAAUUAAAUGGCAUUCUCUGUGCCUUAUAUAUCACUUGUUACCCAUUGAUGAGUACGAGUAUAAUGGCUACUGUAGGUGCUUGCGGGGUAAGCUAUAGAAGCCUCCAAGCCGUCGAUCAUUGCGGGGGGAUGCACACCGAGUUCUCGAUCGAAAUGCUUUGCAGAGUCACCGUCGUGUCUCCA